GGGGCCGCCUUCCCGCGGCGGCUGUGUGGCUUGGGGAACAUGGCGGCUGCCGCUGGCUGGGCCGUGCUGGGCCUGGCGCUGUGGCUGUGCGCGGCUGCCGGCGAGCCGGAGGGGAAGCGGCGGGCAGGGCCGGCCAAGAAGAAGGACAUUCGGGACUACAAUGAUGCGGACAUGGCUCGGCUGCUGGAGCAGUGGGAGAAAGAUGAUGACAUUGAAGAAGGAGAUCUUCCUGAACACAAGAGGCCUCCAGCACCAAUAGAUUUCUCAAAAAUUGAUCCAGGCAAGCCUGAAAGUAUCCUGAAGCUGACAAAGAAGGGGAAGACUUUGAUGAUGUUUGUCACAGUGUCAGGAAAUCCCACAGAAAAAGAGACAGAAGAAAUCACUAGCUUGUGGCAGGGCAGUCUCUUCAAUGCAAACUAUGACGUGCAAAGGUUUAUUGUUAGCUCAAAUCGUGCUAUCUUUAUGCUGCGUGAUGGUGGGUAUGCCUGGGAGAUCAAAGACUUCCUGGUAAGUCAAGAAAGGUGUGCGGAUGUUACUCUGGAAGGUCAGGUUUAUCCUGGCAAAGGAGGAGAAGAAAAUGAGAAAAUGAAAAACAAAACAAAACCUGAAAAAGCAAAGAAGAAAAAAGACGCAGACAAGAAAUCUAACAGCAUCAAAGAGGACAACCGAGCAACCAAACAGAGAGAGGAUCUAUGAUGGAUGUGUUAACCAGACUGAACACUGUUCCUUGAAGGGAAACUAAAUUUCCAUGCAAUUCCUGGGUUUAUUGGGGGGGAAAGAAGGAAGCAGAGGUUACUGAGGUUAAAAGACUUUUAUGUUGGAAUUCACCAGUUUACUUAUUAAUGUUGGCCAUUUGUUUAGUUGCAGGAUAGGUAAUGUUUAAUACUUUAGUUUGUAAUUUUGUAUACUUUUGUGUUAAAAUUAACAUACAAAUGUGUGUUGUCUAACAUUGCAAACUUAAAUUAGGUGGAAAAGAAAAAACAGUCUCAGAAUACACUGAUACUCAUCUUUAAUAUCCACGUACAUCUUGGCUGUGCAAGCUGGUCAUUGAUUUGUAACUGCUGAUGGACAGCAGAAUGCAGUACUAAUAGAUUCUCUUGGAAGUCAGUUUGCUAGAGUCAGUUGUAAAACUGCAUAAAAGUGCAAAGAAUAAUGGUACACUGGCCAAACAUGCAUGAAAUUACAGGGUUUAGGACAUGUCUGGUCAGGCUGCCUGCUUCUUUAAAAUCAACAAAACCUCUUCUGUUUGUCCCAAGAAAUCCAUGGAAAUUCUUAGAAGCAGGAUAGAAGCUAGGCAGAGAACUCAGCUAAUUCACUCCAAAUCAGUGCAGAAAAGAGAUUCUGUACCCUUCAAAGUGAUGCUGGGCUGUUAAUCAAAUUGCAGCACCUGCAUGAGCAGUUUCAGGGCAAAAGGAAGGUCAGAUUUGUGGCAUUCAGGUUGCUGCUGCUGCCAAAGAACUGUGCCUCUGGAAGCAGAUGUUAUGUGUGUCCUAUUAUUUAGACAGUAGAUUUUAACUCAGAAAUUAAUUUGGUUUACUGGUUUAAGAGUUUGCUUAAAUCUUUGAAAACACACUAGGUGCUGUGCAGAGCUCAACUUCGAGUUAGACAUAUCCCUUCCUGAUGUUUAGUAACCAGAUUAUUAUUUUUUGUUUGGGUACAGAUUGCCGACUGACAGGAUUGAUCGUGGGGAAAAAAACACAUUGAUUUAAAUGCUCUGAGGUUUGAUGUAUGGGAGUGAAUACAGUUUCCUUGACAUACUUUGUAUAAUUGGGAAUGUUUUAUUAUUAUUCAGAUUGUAUUCUGUCAGAUUUAUUACUUAGAAUUGUUGCCCUUCUGCCUUACUGCCUAUUAGGGACUAAAUGCACCUUGUAUGUAUGGUCCACAUCAUUUUCCAGAGGAUGAGCACAGUAUUGUCUGUCUUCAUUCAAUAUUACUAAGAUGUUACUUUGACUCUUUAUUAAAGGUGCUAAAAUCCAAAUGUUUUGGAUAAAAGGUCCUAAUUGAACCAUAAUGGUUAAUCUUGUGGAAUACUUCAGUAUCAAAAGUGGGAAAAUGAUCUUUUGAGUACUUGUCCUAAAAUAAAAAAUGUGACUAAACUUUCUGUUUCAAUGAGUAGUAAAGCCUUUUAAAUAAUUAAUGCAUUGAGUUAAGUAUUCGGGAGAGACACAAAUUCAUCUUUGGUUUCUGUUCAUAAGGACUAAAUGAUGUUGAUGAAGGUUCCAGGUGACUGGGUUUAUUUAAUUUUAAUUAUAUUUGUAUGAAUUCAGGAUUAAAAAAACCUUUCUGGCCACACUUCGUUAAACAGGUCUGUACCUGUUUCAAUAGAAAAUUAAAUAACGUAUUUAUUCAGGAUUAACUGUAUUACUUUUAAAUUGUACUAUUAAUCCAAACAUGUAAUGGAGUUGAGAAGAGUCUCAGUAGAUGUUUGGAUAUUGCAUUACAUCAAGAUGUGCAGUCCAUUUCUUGUUCAUUACUCAUUUAUCAUUUUGUCAAGUGUUCUUGGUUUGCACCUGCCUUUUUUUUAAUGGAACGUUGCUUCUCACCUUUAGAGAUGAACAAAGGUCAGAUGAAACAAUAAAUACAAAAUAUUAAUGAGUGGUUUUGUUUUUACAACUUAAACCUAUGAUAUAGAGAUGACAAUUCAGGUUAUGAUCAUAAACAUGGGGAGAUGAAGUCUCUGUAAUUUUCCUAAUCUUAGGAAACAUAAACCUGUUUUUUCAGUCAAAGUGAGUUCUUCCUGAGCUAAACAAUGAAGCAAUGUAAACCGACAUACGAAGGCAACUCAGCCAAGGAGGAGAAAACAAUUACUACACUAUAUACCUAUAAGGCCAGCUUAAUCAUUUGUAAAUCCACAUUUACAGUAGGUUGGAGCUCUUUCCCUUUGUAGUUAAAAGGAGAGAGGUAAUUUUGUUGAAAUUCAGCCAGCCAGUUGACUGGGUUUUUUGAUUGGCUGUUCUGAAUUGUUAAGUUGCCUAUCCCGAAUGCAGCUGUGUUUUGUGCAUGUAGUUCAGUUUAAAUUUUAAAAUGUUUUGGUUUUGGGGGCAUUUUUCAUUUUUUUUUUUUAAUAGGAAUAAUGACUUGAGAGUUGCUUUUUGGUACAAAACACAAAGUGCUGCCUUCAAGUAGGUGGGGUUUUUGUCUUCCAUUUUUCUCCCUUUUUCAUGCUUCACACUCAACAAAUAGCAUAUUUAACUAUUAAGUAUAAUGUGAAGCUGGCAGGAACUUCACCCAGCCAGUCUUUCUCUGGUAUUGCAGUUCAUAACUACUCCAACUUACGUUCCCUUUUGGAACUAAUAGGCCUUUGAGCUCCCAAGGACUUGUCCUCAUACAGUGUUACAUUAGCAGAUGUUAACUGGAAACAAGUUGAGAGACCUGAACAUAAUAUCACUUUUAUAUAUGUAUGUAUAAAAUAUCUCCAUAAAGUUACUUAAGGUCAUUCAUUAAUGUUUUGUAGGUACCCCAGCAGAUGUUGAAUUCUGCGUUAAGUGUCUCAUCAGACUUCCAGUAACAGAUUUUUGGCUGUACAUACAGAUGUAUGUUCAGAUACUGCCUUUAAAGCUAAUUUCACCAGGGAGGGUGGUGAUUAUAGCUUUCCAUAUUUCUUUUUUUUUCAGUAUUAAAUAGAGGUAUAUGGGAAAUAACCUGCUUUCAUGACAGCUGAAUAAGUGCCUGCUGUCCUUCUCCACUCAGCUCAGUGGUUUCUCUGUUCUAGUGCCAUAACUUUUCUAAGUUACUGUUCUAUUUUUAACCCAGCAGUCCUCAGAAAAGAAGCAGUUUGGCAAUGGUACUACACAAGAUGUGGUUCACUUUGUGAAGAAUUUCCAAUGGACAAUCAACUUUUUUAUGUAAUAAAAUACCAGAACAAAGAUGUUGUGGGUUUUA